GCACGGACUAAUGGGGGUAUGGAUUGCCCACGCGGUGCACUGGGAUUACCUCAGGUACCGCCCGGGACGGCAGGAUGGGGCCAUGCGCACAUCUUGGAAGACGACCCGAAAGUUGAGAAGGAGCAAGUAGCUGGAGAAACUGAUGGCCUGGGACGCCGAGACCGCCGGGCUCCUCUUGCAGAUCCGCAACCUGGGAAGACGCAAGGACUGGCAACGCAUCCUUCAAGUGCUCGGCGCGCUGGGCAAGCGCCUCCAGAGCAUCCAUGUCAGCGUUGCCAUGACAGAGUUGGAGAAGUGUGGGGCAUGGCAACUCGCACUCAGCCUGCUUGGCCACACUCAAACUGAUCAGAUCACCUUCAACACCGCCAUCAGCAUAUGCAUGAGGCUGGCAAUGUGGCAGCAAGCACUGACCACUCUGGCUCUUAUGGGCAGUCGCCAUGUUCAAUCCGACGUUGUCAGUUGCAGCGCCGCAAUCAAAGCCUGCGAGAGCGCCUCCCAGUGGCGAGCUGUGCUGGAUAUCCUCGCGGACAUGCCAGCCAGGACAAUCGCGCCGAACGUGGUGACCUACAGUACUGCCAUCAGUGCGUGCGGCAAGGCAGCUUUGUGGACAAGGGCUUUGGCCUUGCUGAGCGAGAUGCACAGAACAAGGCCGAACCUGAUUUCCUGGAAUUCGGCCGUAAGUUCAUGCGCAAACGCUAUGGAGUGGAGGAGGGCGCUCGAAUUGCUGAUGGCCUCAAGUGCGAGCAUCCAGCCAGACACCAUCACGUACAAUGCUUGCGCAGCGGCCUGUCAAAAGGCAGUUUGUUGGAAGCUAGCCACCGGCCUUGUGGGCGAGAUGCGCCGAGCAGCGGCGGUCCCCAGCACCGUGACCUACAACUCGUGCAUCGCGUGCAGCAGUUGGGCACGGCAGGUGGCGCUGCGCGAUGCCAUCGGCCACGCAGGGCUGCAGAUCUCUGGUGCCACGCUGGUGGCCAUGAGCUUCCGCUCCUGGCGCAGCGGGCUGAAGGCCCUGAGUGCGCGGCAGCUUGACGCUCAGUGCGCCGGUGCCGCCGCCCGCACCCUGGCAGUGUCCGGGGCAUGGGUGCGGGCGUUGCUGGCGGGCAUUGAGAACCAGUUCAUGCGCAACGGCGCCAUCGCUUCCUGCCAGAGGAGCAACCAGUGGGCCACAGCUCUGUGCCUCUUAUACCAGCGCUCCUUUGUGGCAGACGUCGUGAGCUACAACUCGGCCAUCAGUGACACAUUCACCUGGGCAGCAGUUUGUCACAUGGUUGCCUCCCUUUGCUCCCGCGGCUUACAGCCGAGCCUGAUCAGCCAGAACUCUGUUCUCAGCGCCUGUGGGAAAGGCGGGCAGUGGUCUCUGGCCUUGCUGCGCCUAGCGAUGCUGACUACGCCGAGCACCGUGUCCUGCAAUGCUGCGAUCAGCGCCUGUGAGGAGCGCGGCUUUUGGGAUCAGGCACUGGCUAGUCUGACGGCCCUUCCGCGAGCAGAGGUGCAGGCUGAUAUCGUGGGAUUCUCCGCUGCUGUGAGCGCCUGCGAGAAGGCUGGGCGCUGGAAGUGCGCGCUGGGCGUGCUGAAGAGUUUAGGCGCGUUGGUGGCCAACCUCGUGUUCUGCAACGCGGUGACCAGUGCCUGCGAAAGUGCGGGCAAGUGGCCGCACGCAUUCUGGAACGUUCAAAGCCUACGCAGCCAGUCACUGCAGACUGAUGUCUUGAGUUACAGCGGGGCAAUCAGCGCUGCAGAGAAAGCAGGCAAGUGGGAACUGCCUGUCCUCAUCUUGGCAGGCCUGGAAUCAGCGCAGCUGCAAGUUGAUGAUAUGUGCUUUGGAGCUGCCAUCUCUGCCUGCCAGCGAGCUGAACGAAACCAGACCGCCAAGCCAGCACGCCGUGCAAGAGCCCGUUGCAUCCGAUUCAACGCGUUAUGCAAGCGGGGCGAUGCAAGUUGCCACCGCGAUCCACAACAGACAGGACUUCUCGGGUGCAUUGCGCUUUGCGCCCUCGGCGCCCUCGGCGAGGCCUUCUGCCAAGCCUCAAGGAGCAGGCGGCUGACCUGCGCCUUUGCCAGGAGCAGCGGGCCGGACACGUGGUGGUGGCAAGGCGGCCCUGGAGACGAAAGCGAAGAAGAGAUGACAGUGUACGUGCCCAUCCCAGAGAAUGUCCCUGUCACAGAGGUUGUGGUAGAGAUAAGGCCCACCCGCCUGUUCGUCGGCCUCAAGAAUCAGAAGCCAUUGUUGGAGGGACCGCUCUGGAAGGAAAUCAAGGCAGAUGAGUCUGGGUGGGUAGUGGAUUGGGAACAUGGCAAGCGGUGCAUCAUCCUCACGCUCAUCAAGAGGGAUGACUACGAUCACCUACUGAAGCCGGACGCUGACCAACCAUGA